GGGUCGCUCCCACCGGAGGACACCGACCGUCUGAGUCCAGCCGGGACCGAGGUGCUUAGCGGAGGAAGCAAGGGCUGCACACCGGGAGGAGGAGCUGUCCUCUCAGGGGCUGUUUGGACUCGCGACUCGGGAUUUGUCCUCCUGCGGGUGUCGGUGAGCACAGGACCGGAGAGGAGCAGGAGAUCCUCGGUGCUGGAGCGACCAGCCGCCUUUUCAUUUGUCGGAGCUGCGGUGCAAAGUCGUUCACGAUGCCGGUGUUCCACACCAAGACCAUCGAGAGUAUCCUGGAGCCGGUGGCCCAGCAGAUCUCCCACCUGGUCAUCAUGCACGAGGAGGGGGAGGUGGACGGGAAAGCCAUCCCGGAUCUCACGGUGCCGGUGGCCGCGGUGCAGGCGGCAGUCAGCAACCUUGUCCGGGUGGGGAAGGAAACGGUUCAAACCACCGAAGACCAGGUGAUGAAGAGAGACAUGCCCCCUGCGUUCAUUAAGGUGGAGAAUUCGAGCUCGAAGCUUGUCCAGGCCGCGCAGAUGCUAAAGGCAGAUCCAUACUCUGUUCCCGCACGAGAUUACCUGAUCGAUGGGUCCAGAGGGAUACUGUCGGGGACGUCCGACCUGCUGCUCACCUUCGAUGAGGCAGAGGUGCGUAAGAUCAUCAGAGUAUGUAAAGGAAUCCUGGAGUAUCUGACUGUAGCUGAGGUGGUGGAGACCAUGGAGGACCUCAUCACUUACACCAAGAACCUGGGUCCAGGGAUGACCAAAAUGUCAAAGAUGAUUGAGGAGAGGCAGCAGGAGCUGACGCACCAAGAACACAGACAGAUGCUGGUCAACUCCAUGAGCACUGUCAAAGAGCUGCUGCCUGUUCUCAUAUCAGCUAUAAAGAUCUUUGUCUCAACAAAGACCAGUCGAGGUGCCGGCGUGGAGGAGGCGGAGAGGAACAGAAAGUUCACAUUUGAAAAGAUGAGCGCUGAAAUCAUCGAGAUUAUAAGAGUGCUACAGCUCACCACGUGGGAUGAAGACGCAUGGGCCAACAAGGAUAUGGAGGCUAUGAAGAGAUCUCUUGCUUUGAUCGAGUCUAAGAUGGCACUAGCUCAAAGUUGGCUCAAAGACCCUCAUGGACAGCCAGGUGGCCACGGCGAGGUCGCCCUGCGUGUGAUACUGGACGAAGCCGGUAAGGUGGGAGAGCUGUGUGCUGGGAAGGAGAGGAAAGAUAUUCUUGUAACUACCAAGGCUCUGGGGCAAAUGACCGACCAGGUCGCAGAUCUACGAGCCAGAGGCCAGGGCCCGAACCCCGGGUGCAUGCAGCGUGCCGGCCAGUGCUUGCAGGGCUUAGACUUGUUAUUUGGCAAAGUGGACGGAGCUUCCCGCAGACUGGAGGCUCUCAUCAACGCCAAGCAGGCCAUCGCCAGGAGGCUGGACGCAGCACAGGCCUGGCUCGCUGAUCCUAACGGCGGUCCCGAGGGGGAGGAGAACAUCAGAGCGCUGCUUGCAGAGGCCAAACGCAUCGCUGACCUGUGCGAAGAUCCCAAAGAGAGGGACGACAUCCUGCGCUCCAUCAGUGAGAUCGCCGGACUCACCGCCAAACUCGUGGAGCUCCGCAAACAGGGCAAAGGUGACAGUCCGGAGGCCCGUGCACUGGCGAAGCAGAUUGGUUCGGCGCUAAUGAACCUGCAGUCGAAAACCAACAGAGCCGUGGCCAACAUGAGGCCUGCAAAGCCCGCCGUCACCUUGGAGGGAAAGAUGGAGCAGGCCCUCCGCUGGGCGAACAACCCCGGGGUGGACGACAGAGGAGUAGGUCAGGCAGCGAUCAGAGGAAUGGUUGGAGAAGGGAGGAGGUUGGCAGGAGGCUUGUUAGGCCCGUAUCGACAUGACAUGAUUGGACGCUGCGACCGAACAGAGGCCCUGAUGGGAUCUUUGGCAGAAAUGGCGGCCAGAGGGGAGGCAGAGGCUCCUCACGCACGAGCCACAGCCGCGCAGCUGCAGGAAAGCCUCAAGGACCUGAGGCAGCACAUGCAGCAGGUGAUGACCCAGGAGGUGUCCGAUGUUUACAGUGACACCACCACCCCUAUCAAGCUGCUGGCUGUGGCUGCAACUGCUCCAGCUGAUGCCCCAAACAGGGAGGAGGUUUUCGACGAGCGUGCAGGGAACUUCGAGGCCCACGCAGGUCGGCUGGGGGCGACCGCCGAGAAGGCUGCUGCCGUGGGAACAGCCAAUAAGACGACAGUAGAGGGGAUUCAUGCUGCUGUGAAACAUGCCAGGGACCUCACGCCACAGGUGACCUCGGCUGCUCGGAUCCUGUUGAAGAAUCCAGGAAACAAAGCAGCGUACGAGCACUUUGACACCAUGAAGAACCAGUGGAUUGACAACGUGGAGAGACUCACUGGUCUGGUGGACGAGGCCAUCGACACCAAAUCUCUCCUAGAUGCGUCCGAGGAGGCUAUAAAGAAAGACAUCGACAAGUGCCGAGUUGCCAUGGCUAAUGUUCAGCCCCAAAUGCUCGUUGCCGGGGCAACAAGCAUAGCAAGACGAGCUAACCGGGUCCUGUUGGUGGCAAAGAAGGAAGUGGAGAACUCUGAAGAUCCACGCUUCAGAGACACAGUGAAACAUGCGUCAGACAUCCUCUCACACACCAUCUCCCCCAUGGUGAUGGACGCCAAGGCGGUGGCUGGAAACAUUCAAGACAAAGCUCUGCAGAAGGCCUACCUGGACUCAUGUCUGAGGAUCCUGGGUGCCGUAGGAAAAGUUAGAGAAGCUUUCCAACCUCAGGAGCCUGAUUUCCCUCCUCCUCCUCCUCCUGACCUGGACCAGCUCCAUGUCAGUGAUGAGCAGGCGCCACCCAAGCCCCCGUUGCCAGAGGGCGAGGUGCCCCCGCCACGACCCCCUCCCCCAGAAGAGAGGGACGAGGAGUUCCCUGAGCAGAAGGUCGGGGAGGUGCUCAGCGAGCCUAUGAUGGUGGCGGCCAGGCAGCUGCACGACGAGGCGCGCAAGUGGUCCAGCAAGGAUGAGGAGGUGGUAGAGGAGAGGGAGGUAGAUGAUGACGAUGAGUUUACUGAUGGUGAGGAUGACUAUGAGCCAGAGCUGCUGAUGAUGCCCUCCAACCAGCCUGUCAAUCAACCCAUGCUGGCAGCCGCCCAGGCUCUCCACCAGGAGGCGCGCAAAUGGUCCAGCAAGGGUAACGACAUCAUCGCGGCGGCCAAGCGCAUGGCUCUGCUGAUGGCAGAAAUGUCCCGGCUGGUGCGCGGCGGGAGCGGGAACAAGCGGGCGAUGAUUCAGUGUGCCAAGGACAUCGCCAAGGCCUCGGAUGAGGUGACGAGACUGGCUAAGGAGGUGGCCAAGCAGUGCACCGACCGACGCAUCAGGACCAACCUGCUGCAGGUGUGUGAGCGCAUCCCGACCAUCAGCACGCAGCUGAAGAUCCUCUCCACCGUCAAAGCCACCAUGCUGGGACGGACAAACAUCAGUGAAGAGGAAUCAGAGCAGGCCACAGAGAUGUUGGUCCACAACGCCCAGAAUCUGAUGCAGUCAGUGAAGGAGACCGUCAGGGAAGCAGAAGCCGCUUCCAUCAAGAUCCGCACGGACUCAGGAUGCACCCUCCGAUGGGUGCGCAAGACCCCUUGGUACCAAUAAACAAACCUGGUCACUGAAAACACAGUUACAGCACACACCUCAUGUUGGAGUCAUGACGUGCACACCUAUCGUGUGCAUUAGAUUCGGUACCGAGCAGGUUUCAUUCACCAGAGUGAAUUCAGCUUUGCUCUCGACUUCCCUUUAUCUGUAACUUUUUAAUAUAUAUUUUUAUGGUAUGUUGUGUUAUGAGAGUUUAUCCAAAUCCCAAGUAUAUAUAUUUUUUGCAUGAAAGUUUUUUUCUAUUUUAUAAAAGUAGAUUAUGACAUUAAGAUAUUAUCUCCUAGAAGAAAUUUAAUUUUCACUCAGUGUUAUGUUUUCUUGCAGGGAGUUUCUUAUUGUCUAUUGUAUAUACACUAAUUAUUUGUUUUAUGGACUCAGCGAUGAGUUUGACACUAGAGUGUGAAGUCAUGUGGGAGCCGAUGACGGGCUCUCCACUCUUCAUGUUUACUUUUAGUAAUAACUCUGUUCUUAACUGUGGAUUUUAAGGUGAUACGUCCUCACUGCUGUCCAGUGAAGCGUCUGUACGCAAACAAUUAAAAGUUAUUCUGGAUCAAAAGUGUUUGACAACUUGUAGGCCAAAGUUGCAGUUUCUAAAACAAUAGUAUAAUUGUCAGUAAAAAAAAAUUGUUGAUUGCAGGACGGUUGAUACUUAGACAUGAGGUUUUCUCAGUGGUAGUAUGAGUGACAGUAAAGCGAAAGUUAGUUCAGGUGUUUUUAUGUGUUUUGAGUUGUUUUAAUUUCUGUCAUAGUGAACAAUACCAAAGGAUUUUAUUUUCGCACUGUAUAAGCUCCAGGUUUUUAAAAACAACAAAACAGACCCUUUUUAUUUAGGGAAUUGGAGGAUUUUUUGUGUUUGAUUUUUUUGCCAAAAGAAGAGAGAACGCUUUCUCCUGCUUUGCAUUUUGUAACCAAUUGUAUCGUCUUGUUUCUGCACUAUCUCUAUAACAGUUGACCUGUUGGGAUUUCUUUUCCAAAAUGAAUCAAAAUCAAUAAUUUUAAACUUUUUAGACUUUUCUCCACAGUAGUCCCAAAUCUGAAUAACUUUCAUUUUAGCGCAGAUUUUCUAGGCAACCCAGGUGGUUUGAGAACAAAAACAACCUUUUAAUGUGAAAACAGACAGUGAUUUUGUUUUUUUUGUCUGUUUUUUAUAGGUUUAAAUUAUAAAAACUCUUAUAAAGGUGUUUUUGUCUGGAAUACCUACACAACUGUUUAAAAGCUUCAUCACAGGAAACUCCUCAAUAUUAGGUGCAACCAGAUUGUUAUUCCCAGUAUUUACAUUUAUUUUUUACAAUGGCAACUUUAACUGUUAAAUGGAGAGUUUGUACGUGUGCCUGUGUGUAAGCGGCUUCACUUCGACAGUACAAGUGAGCCGUCCAUGUGAUGGAGAGCUCUGAAUAGCAGCACAGAAUGUAAACCGCGUCUUCAUUUUUGAUUUAGGCCUACUGAGCAUGUAGCAGUCACAUGACCCUUCACUGAGAGCGACAGGGUGUAGUUCUGUGUGUACCUGAUGUGUCCAUCCACACACUGAAUGUAUUCUGAUACAGCUUCUAGCCCUGCCAACACAUCUGCUGUGCCUUGGAAGAAUAAAAGAUUAGAAUUAUGAUUCGGGAGUCGGCCUCUUGAUUCACUGCCGUCAGCACGUAAACACAUGACUCGAUGUCCUGAGAGAAAAUGACUAGUUUUAAAUAGUUGAAUCAAAGUAUUCAGUGUUUUUAACAACUAAAGUCUACCUGAGUCACUUCAGCAUACUAAUACUUAAGCAGGUAUACUUUUAGUUAUGUCAAUUGAAUAUAAUUCAGCAUGUCUGCAUGCUAAUUGGCACUAGAGGCAAAGUGCAGCCCUAAUGAGGUAAUUUUGCAAAUAUUUAGACACAAACAGAAAUAUUGGUGGGUGCCGGCCCCCUUUUAUCCCCUUAACGUUUUUUUGAAACUUUGAAUUAUUAUUUGUAUAUUUAUAUUUUGCAUGUAUAUUUGUCUGUAUUAUGUUUUUGAAGUAAAUAAAAAAAAAAUGAAAACAAUUGACACAAUUUUGUGUCAAUUUUCAUUGAACACGUUCAUUGAA